AUGCAGAUCAAGUCGUCCACCGUUCUCAUCGCCCUUUUGGGCUCCUCCAUGGCCCAGGCCGCCAACAUCCAGCAGAGACAGGAGCAAUCGACCGACUUGGGCGGUGCCACUCCCACUGAUACCGGCUCAGCCUCUGCCACUGGUACCGCGGAGACUGGCUCAGUCACUCUCCCAUACUUCACCGAGACCAGCCAGUCGGGUACUGCGACUGGAUCUGAAACUGCCACCGGCACUGGAUCUACCACUGGAUCAGCGUCUCCUACCGGAUCGUCCAGUGGAUCCGAAUCUACCUCGGGCUCGGCUACUCCCACGAACGGAUCGUCGUCGGCCACCGAGUCCGGAUCGACCACUUCGACUUCGACUUCUACCACCACCGAGGCCUCCACCACUAGGAGUGCAGGCGAGACCAGCAGCUCGAGGACCGGUUCCUCCACCUCAUCAUCGGCUUCGCCCUCCUCGACCGACUCGGGUGCAUCCUCGACCUUGCCUCAGGGUUGGGCCACAUGGAUGCUCCCCUUCGUUUUGGGUGCUUUCCUGUGA